CUGCGCUUUGUGAUCAGAAAUUUGCUUCACUAUUUCAUCAGAAUUUGGCUUUACCGUUAGUUUGUGCAUUUAAAGCAAAAGUAUGCUGCUUCGCAACGUGGAAACGGAAAAGGCAGCCUGCAUGCUGGCCAGCUGGUACGAGCAAUUCGAGAAAAACACCAUCAAAUCGUUCAUCAUUCCAAUUCCGGACGAAGUGCUGAACUACCUCAGACAGGACCUCGUAAUCCUGCCGAAGGAAUGUGCCAACCUUAAUUCGACGUCCGAUGCUAGCGGUACGAAACAUUUUAAUUCGUACAAUGACCAGUUUAGCGAUGACGAGCAAGAGGAGGAGGAUGACGGUUUUCAACCGGAAUUCCCGGAGUUUAGUGAAAAACUGACGGCUGCCAUCCAAAAACUGGGCGGUUCCGCCUUUUUAAAAAGCGACUGGCACAGUCCCAAGGAUGCUCAGUGGAUCACGUUGGGGCAGACCCUUUGCGUUAAGGACAUUACCGAUGUGUAUCAGCUGUUGAAGGCGUCCAGCUUCUGUAAGGAAGACUUUGCUGAACGAACUGCAGCAAAUCAACUUGGAUAUCAUGUGGUGCUGAAGAAGUGGCGUGAUAUUCACCCGGGCUCGGAAUUUCGGUGUUUUGUUAAAAACAAAUCGCUUGUGGCUAUAUCUCCACGUCAUUGGCCCUCCUAUCACGAACACAUUGCUGCCGAACGAAGCGAUAUCGUUUGCGACAUUGUUUCUUUGUUUAAGGAAAAGAUCAAGCAACGGUUUCCUUUGAAAGAUUAUGUUUUCGAUGUAUUCCGUCCCGCAAAAGACCGGGUAGUUAUAAUGGAUUUUUCGCUAUAUGGAAAAGGACACUCUGACAGCCUAGCAUUUGAUUACGAUCAGCUAGAUGCGGAUGCGUUGGUGGCCACGAUUGAAGAGGAAGAUGAUCCGGAAUUUCGAUAUUUACCGGAGGACUGCGGCAUACAGCCAAAUAAACGAAACAAUUACGGAUUUCCGCAGGAUGUAAUAGAUAUGUUCGAAUCUACAGAUAGGCCAUCGACAUCCGGCGGCACGGGGGAAUCUUCUGAAAGUAUGAUCCAUCGGCUACUGGAUAAAUUCCACCAGCUUGACAAUGAAAGUGAUAACGAUGAGCCCGAAUAAACCAUGGCAUAGAAACGGUUUCACUACUUUUAUUACCCGAACAAGGGAGACCUAGAAAUUUCAUAGCAAGAUAUGGUUAAGGUAAGGUGACUUUUCUUGCUAACUAAUUCUUCAAGCUACUACCAA